AUGAGUAACCCUGGAUUUCGAGAGCAGAGGCACCAAGGCGACCAAGGUAGAUUUGCAGCUAAAGCGUCGGGGUCUGGGGCGCCUGCGUCGUCGAUCAUGGACCGGGCCAAGGGAGGCGCAUCAAAGCUCACGGGGCUUGGUAAAGGGACAGCUGAUAUGGUGGGGCGCGUCGUUCGCGAUCAAGCUCAGAAGACUCCGGGAGCUCAAGCCACGAGCAAUGUUGUCAAUCCCCAUCUCGAGGAGCCGUGUCUUGAUCUGUCCAUCUUGGAGGGGCUCAAAGUGGGUGAAGGUGGAAAGAUACUGGAUAAAACGGGACGACUAGUAGGCCGAGUCACCGAAGGCGACCCGAGGGACCUUGUCGGUCAGAUUAUUGAUGGCGGUGGGGAAAUAUUGGAUGAAGACGGUGACCUUAUUGGGUGCGUCGAGCUUGUCCCUCAAGAAGUCGGACAGGAGCCGGGCGAUCGAGCAGUGGCAACCCAAGAAGUUGAAGCAGCUGGCGCCAUGGUGAAGGAUGCUUCAAUACUCAAGGGCAGGAGGAUAAAUAAGGACGGCAAAGUUGUCGACGAAGAUGGCCAAACGCUUGGCAAAGUAGUGGGCCAACAAGACACGAGUACUCUCACAGGAAAGCUAGUCAAUGAGAAGGGCCAAGUCUUGGAUGAUGAGAAUAAUGUCGUUGGACAGGUUGAAAUCGUGUCCGGGCAAGCCGCUGAUGCUGCUUUCCAAAAGUUGCAGGAGCAAAGUGGCGAAGCGACGAUUGGAGCUGUAGCAUCGACUGCCCAACAGUUACCUGACAUUUCCACACUGGAGGGUCUGACUUGCGAUAGGCUUGGCAACAUUGUGAAUCAAGACGGGGUCCCUGUUGGUCAGCUUGUCGAGGGUGAGGCCAAGAAACUUAGCCGAGAGGGCCUGCAGCUGGACAGUGCAGGUCAAUUCUGGGAUAACCGAGGGCGUCUAGUUGGCAGAGCAAAGCCAAUUUCAGUGGAGCAACAACAACAAUCAGAAGAAGAAGAAGAAGAAGAGGCCGGUCCUUUUUCCGGUUUAGGAGAACUCUUCGUCGCUGACGACGGUUACAUUCAAGAUGAAUACGGAAAUCGGGUGGGAAGAAUCGUGGACGGCGAUGUUGGGAAGCUUGUUGGGCGUCCCGUGGAUGACGACGGCGAUAUUCUGGACAAAAGAGGCAACAUUCUCGGUCGAGCUGAGCCCUUACAACCCUCAGAGAUGGAAGGCGAAUUGGAAGGCGAAGGAGGAGAGGAGGAGGAGGAGGAGGAGGAGGAGCAAGAUUUGACCAUUCUUGAUGGAAAGACGGUGAACAAGCUGGGAAACGUGGUUGAUGAUACAGGGGCUGUUUUCGGGCACAUUGUCGCAGGAAGGCUUAAAAGGAUGGUAGGCAAGAAGGUAGAUGCGAAAGGGCAGGUCUGGAAUGACGCUGGAGAGGUGAUUGGUAUGGCUGAGGUCGUUCCAAGUGAAGAACGCGAACGGGAGGAGGGGCCGUUCUUCGGACUCGGUGGGCUUGUUGUGACCAAGGGUGGUAUGGUGACUGAUAGUACUGGGCAGAUUAUGGGAAGGUUAGUGGAAGGCGAUGAGGAUCGACUUCUUGGACGGGCUGUCGAUGAAGACGGUGAGAUUAUGGACAAAUUGGGCAACGUUAUAGGUCGGGCAGAGCGCUGGACUCCCGAUGAAGAGCCACAGUUGUCCCCCGAAGAAAUCGAAAAGCAGCAGCAGGAGGCCGAAGAUCGAGACCUGGCGAGAAAAAUGUGUACGAUUCUUCGACAGACACUCGACAGUGUUGGAGCGCAUUGCAGGCAAAUUUCCCAGCACAUCCAAACUGCCAACAGCACUCCUAAGGAAGACCUCGACGAGGAGCAACUCGUGAAGGACGUCAAGCCCUUAAUAGAAGAGGCAGGUAAUUCCCUGCAGGAAUGCAAGGGUGCCCUUCGGUCUCUCGAUCCGGAUGGCCAGAUUGCUGCCACCGCCAAAGCCCACAGUUCUUCCCGCGAGGCAACUCCGGAAGAAUAUGAACUGGCAGAUCUCCUUAAGGAACUGACAGAGACUGUCAUUGAGACUAUUGAAAAUGGACGGAAGAUGAUAGCCGAUAUGCCUCACGCCAAAAGACAGAUCAACCCUUUGUGGGCUCUCCUUUCAGAGCCGUUGUUCCAGAUUAUUGCUGCGGUUGGCCUCCUCCUUAGCGGAGUGCUGGGACUUGUCGGUAAGCUUCUGAACGAAUUGGGUCUUGGGGGACUUCUGAAUAGUUUGCUGGGUGGCCUUGGGAUUGACAGGCUCCUUGAGGGACUUGGAUUGGGCACGGUGACAGAAUCACUGGGGCUGGGCGGUAAGAAGUAG